AUGGAACUUAACCGAGAACAUUUUCGCGCCAUAAUUUAUUACAACAUUCAGAGACAAUUAUCGCAACAAGAAUGCCUUGCUGAGUUACUGUCUGUUUUCGGCAACGAAGCGCCACAUCAGCCGACAAUUUUCAGUUGGUAUGGAGAAUUAAAACGUGGACGGGUGAGUCUUAGCGACGAUCCCAGGGUGGGUGCACCAACAACGGCACAAAGAACUGUUACUGCGGACUGGUAUACCACCAUUUGUUUGCCAAAAGUAAUCAAAGAGCUUCGAAAAAUCAACCCCGAAAGAAGAAUCAUCCUCCACCAAGACAAUGCAAGCUCGCACACAGCCCAAAAAACAAGGCAGUAUUUAACGAAAGAAAACGUGGAAUUAUUGGACCAUCCUCCAUAUAGUCCCGAUCUAGGUCCUAAAGAUUUCUUUGCUUUCCCGAAAAUUAAAAACAGACUGCGUGGUCAAAGGUUCCAGUCACCAGAAGAAGCAGUUGAUGCAUUCAAAAAUUCUGUUUUGGAUCUGCCAGCAAACGAGUGGAAUAAGUGCUUCGAAAAUUGGUUCGAGCGCAUGCAAAUGUCCUGUUAA